AUGGAACCAAAGAAUGAGAACAUAGAAGGUGCCGAAAGUAUGAAAGUGGUAAAGCAAAAGAAGCUUGGUGGGAUCAAAACCAUGCCCUUUAUCCUCGCAAAUGAGAUAUGUGACAGAUUCGCUGCAACUGGUUUCCAAGCCAAUUUACUAACAUACUUGACCCAACAACUCAACAUGCCAUUGGUUAACGCAUCCAACACACUCACUAACUUCGGCGGCCUGUCAAGUUUAAUGCCCAUCAUCGGUGCACUCGUCGCCGACUCUUUCGCCGGUCGUUACUGGACCAUCAUCAUUGCCUUGCUCAUUUACGAGCUGGUUCAUUUCCUAUCAAUCCGGAAUGAUCAUCAUUACAAUAUCAGCAGUCUUGCCUCAGUUCCGGCCACCACAAUGUCCGACACAAGUCAACUGCCAGGAAGCGUCAUCAUCUCAACUAUAGAUCAACUUGACAUAUCCAAAUUGAAAACUCAAGCGAAAACAACCUGGAAUUUCUUCAACUGGUACUACUUUUUCUUGUCGCUAGCAAGUCUAUCUGCUCUUACGGUGGUUGUGUACAUCCAAGAUAGUGUGAGUUGGGGUUGGGGACUUGGUAUUCCAACGAUAGCAAUGGGUAUUGCGUUCAUAGCAUUUUUAGUAGGCUCUUCACUAUAUCAGAAAAUAAAACCAGAAGGAAGCCCAUUUGUUAGACUUGCUCAAGUGAUAGCUGCUGCAGUAAAGAAAAGGAAGUCCGGGGUUCUAACUGAUGAUACUCUUCUUUAUGAAAACAAAGAGCUUGAUGCGAGUAUCUCUAAGGAUGGACGACUUGUUCAUACCAAUCAAUUGAGGUGGUUUGAUAAAGCUGCCAUAAUUACCGAGAAAGACACCGACUUUUCAAACUUGCCAAAUCUCUGGCAAAUCGCUACUGUACAUAGAGUCGAAGAACUAAAGUCCAUGAUUCGCUUGUUGCCAAUCAUAUCAACAGGAAUAAUAUAUGUGAUGGCGUAUUCCCACCAAGGUAGCUUCACCCUCACACAAGCUCGCACCAUGGACCGCCACCUCUCCGCCUCAUUGCAAAUACCUCCGGCGAGCAUGGCUGUCUUUGGUGUCCUCGCUACCCUUGUAACCCUAGCCUUAUACGACCGUGUAUUUGUCCCCUUUGCAUAUCGCUUCACAAAAAACCCUUCAGGAAUCACAUGUUUACAAAGAAUCGGCGUGGGAUUCGUCAUAAACAUUUUUGCAACGUUCGUUGCAUUUUUUGUGGAAGUAAAAAGAAAACAAGCAGCGAGGGAUCAUAACUUGCUCGACAAGCCAACUGAAACCAUACCCAUAAGUGUGUUUUGGUUAAUUCCCCAGUAUUCACUUCAUGGUGUGGCUGAAGCGAUGUUUAACGUUGGUAAACUUGAGUUUCUUUAUGGUCAGUCGCCAGAAAGUAUGAAAAGCACGGCGUUGGCUCUUUACUGGAGUGCUGUUGCUCUUGGACAAUAUGCAGGGACAUUAAUGGUGACCAUGGUUCAUAAGUGCACUAAUAAAAAUGGCAGAAAUUGGCUGCCUGAUCGGAAUUUGAACAGAGGUAGAUUGGAAUAUUACUACAUGUUAGUAAGUGGGAUUCAAGUUUUAAACCUUUUUUAUUAUUUUACAUGCGCAUGGUUUUAUACUUAUAAGCCACUGGAAGAGCCUGUAAAAAAUAAAGAAGAUGGAGACGUGGAGUUGAUCGUAGGUAUCUAA